CUGUUUGGGUACAUCGAGAUCCAAACAGAAAGACACCGCUGUACAACAACAGUGUAGCGCCUUAUGCUGGGUGACAAAGCGAGCAAAUAAGUCUUCACACAGUCCAGCCAAUAUAUUUCAGACAGACAUGCCGUCUGACAGGCCUUUUAAACAAAGAAGGAGCUUUGCUGAGCGUUCUAAAGAAGUUCAACAGAUCAGAGACCAGCAUCCCAACAAAAUACCAGUAAUCAUCGAGAGGUACAAGGGUGAGAAACAGCUCCCCGUCUUGGACAAAACCAAAUUCCUGGUUCCCGAUCAUGUGAACCUGAGCGAACUGGUCAAGAUCAUCCGCCGCCGCUUGCAGCUCAACCCCACGCAGGCCUUCUUUCUGCUGGUGAACCAGCACAGCAUGGUGAGCGUGUCCACCUCCAUCUCGGAGAUUUACGAGCAGGAGAAGGACGAGGACGGCUUCCUCUACAUGGUCUACGCCUCCCAGGAGACCUUCGGCUGUUAAACGAGAGCAAACGAGCGAUCAAGCCAGCGAGCACAGCGGGAAGAUGAAAGCCAGAAAGCAACAGCAAACGUACAGCAAACAUAAAUGUGCCCUCUAGCUUAGAAUUCCUUGCGUAGUAAAACCGGAACUGAGGAAUUAUGUCUUUUGUUCAUGCACAUGUGCCGAGUGACUGUGUGGUGUACCAUUCUGUGUUUAACAAAAUCAAAAAUCCAGCAAAUGGCCUUCUCACGUCGAUAUUCAGGCAGCUUAUUUAAUUGCUAAAUAUUAUUAGUAGAUGAGCCUUUCUGUUGUGAUUCUUGUCAUAAAUGUGAACAAAAAAAGCAACAAUAACCUUAUACAUCAUUACCAAAAUAUGUUGAAAGUGUUAGGCUGUGACCGGGCUGCAUGGUUUCACAAAUAGAAUUUAAAAACGGGUACAUUUUAAAUAGGCGGGUCACGGGGAAUCAGUGUCUUUGGACUCUUUGUUAGCGAGUAUAUAUGUAAAACGAUACUGUGCUGUUCUACAUGCUGCGUGGUUCCAGGGCGUGGCACUGUGCUCUAUUUUCUUAGUCUUUUUUUUUUUAAUCCAAGAGUUUAAUCCCAGUACUACCGGUCAAAUUGUAGCCUUGAACUCAACAAGUCCAUGAGACCCCAAAAUAUCAGCGCCAGCGCUAACCUUGCCUCUUCCCGUGAGCCCCUCCUCACUGAUCUGGGACAGGCAGAUUCACAUUAGUCAGAUUUAGUUCAGUCCAUGUCAGUGCUGCGGUCCAGAAUCUAGCCAGUAUAGUGGCCACUAAAUCUUAGCUUGUUUCCCCAGCUUUGGUACAAGGGAAGGCUACUGCAGGAGAUCACGCAGUAGGGUUGUUGUUAUUUAUGUCUGGGGAGACUUUUGUCUGCAGAAAAGAGUGAGAAGUUGCUUGCAUUGUUCUCCUUUUCACUCAUGCUUAACCAAGGUAAAGCUUUUGGUCCAAAACAGAUUCACCACAACACCUUUCAUUCAAGUACAGCCAGCCCUCUGUGCUACACAGUGUGUGUGUGUGUGUGUGAGGAGUCAAUUUAGAAGCUGUGGAUAAUAGUGUGUAUCUCAUAAUUAUUGUAAUCCGCUCUAUGUAGGAAUAAACAAGCUUUUUUUGCACUUAAAAAAAAAAAAAAAACUAGAACUUUAGGAACCAAGUACUGUUUUAAUGUGUAUAAUCAGCAUGCUUGUGUAACCUUGCUUUCUCUUUGUAUUCGUUGCUGGUGUUUUUGAGUGCUGAAUGAAAGGUUUCUUUUGAUAUACAUUGGAUGCGGUUUUGACCCUGUGAAAGAGGGCCAACUGAAAUGAUUUUAUUUUUAGUUUUGUUAUCUUAUUGUAUUUUUUUGGAUUUGUAUUCCUUUUAUUUUUGAACCAAAAAAAAUGAUGUAUGUGGGGGGCAGGAGCUGGGGGUGUUUAAACAAGAGUUAUAACUAUGUAUAAUAUUACACAAAGUUAAGUUAAAUCUUA